AUGGUUCGAUACGACAGAAAUCCGCGGAGGCGGUCAUCAACGCCAAAUUUAAAGCUGUCGCCAGCCCAAAUGGCCGCGCUGCAGACUGCGGACCCAGCUUCACCGCCCGACACUCCUGUCACCUCACCAGACUUCCCCCGCAAGGAUAACCCAGCGGCAUUUUACCUGUUGGCGAAUUCCCUUGCUCAAGACCCAAAUAUCAGGCCAUAUGGGAGUGGCCAUCAGUUCAGUUAUCGCCCGCUGGAACAAUUGAGCCCGCGAUCAUCAUCCUCGUCCGAAGCCGACAAGGAGCAUUCGAUUAGUGGCGAUUCUUCCGAUAGCGCUAGCGUUGUUAGCCUGCCAACCUCGGCGCAGCGAUUGCGACAUGAUGCUUCGGUCGAAAAGAAUGCCUUGGAGUUGCACGAGCUGGAUGCAUCUGGGGAUGCAGAUGCAGAUGCAGAAUCUGAGUCUGAGGCUGAUUGCGAGGCGGAGACAGACAAGCUUAAGCGAGCAAGGCUUGCGCACGGCCCCGCGACAAGCAUCCCUGAGCGCUGCGACUUUACGAUUGACUUUACGAUUGAGGAUAUGGAUCCGAUGGACAGUGAGUGGGAAGGCCUGGAUGUCGUCUACCCCACUGAGAUUGAGAGUGAAUCCGAUGUCGAGGCGCCUCUAAGCCAGUCUGCGUCUCAGCAGAGGGAUCUGGACCAAGACAUGAUGCAAGACCUCGAGAAUCUUAAUUGCAGCAACGAGGCAUCUGAUGAUGAGACUGAGGAUGACGAAGAGUCGGAGUUCAUGAGAAGGCAGCAGGAGCUGAAGCGCAUUCGAAGAGUGAGCAUGUCGAGCAGCUUCGGUAAGAGGACGCACAGCGAGCUGAGCGACUCGGACGACAACGACUGCGCCCUUGACGUCAAUGAGGCCGGCUCCAGCGCUCGGCGAUUUCGCAAGAGGGUCCACCGCGGAAGCUUACUGUUCCAGGAUCCCCCCGCGCCUCGAAUUGAUGAGCUAGAAGAGCCCAAUUCGAGCGAGGAUGAAUAUGCCAACGAGAUGCGCCUUGCGCAGGAGCUACCAUACCAUGCAAUGGAGAUUAUGGAUACAGACUCGAGUUGA